AUGGCUUUGAAACGCAUUCAAAAGGAACUGGGUGAUUUGAACAAGAACCCUCCACCCGGCAUCUCAGCUGGUCCUGUAGGCGACGACCUUUUCAAAUGGGAAGGUGUUAUUCAGGGUCCUGUUGACAGUCCUUACCAAGGAGGUCGAUUCAAGUUGGAUAUUACCUUCUCACCAGAGUAUCCCUUCAAGCCUCCCACUAUGAAGUUUUCUACCAAAGUUUACCAUCCCAACAUUGAUGAUGAUGGCUCCAUCUGCGUCGAUUUACUCAAGGCCGAUGUGUGGAAACCUGCCACCAGAGUAGCUCAAGCAUUGCAAGCCAUAGCUUCAUUGCUCCAAAACCCAAAUCCUGAUGAUGCGCUUGUGGGAUCCAUUGCUGAAAUUUACAACACCAAUCGUCCAAAGUACAACAAGACAGCCAUCGAAUACACCAAGAAGUAUGCCAUGGGAUGA